AUGGACUUUACGGAGCACUAUGGAUUUAGUGACGGAGGAGAUUCUCACGAGACUGCCUGUGAAAUCUCUAAAGAGAUUCAUGUGUGUUUCAAAGCUCUGGCUAACGCUCAUCAGCUCACGAUAUUUCACCCACCGUUUCCUUAUACAGUCCCUUCCCCUCGUCUUUACAUGUGUUUAUGGGAUGUAAACAACUACCUUGACACUGAAAUACUCUCAUCGGCUCCUCAAGACGCUAAUACUACUACUACUACUCCAUCUGCCUUUUUAGUUGACCACGAUCUGACCACCCCACGGAUGGGAAGCUACAUCUUGCAAAAUCUUGGUGGCUUCAUGUGCUACGUCUAUUGGAAUAAGCUUCGAAUCUAUAACCCUGCCACCAGACAACUUGUCACCUUACCCUUCAAAAAGUCCGACCACAUGAUCGUACCACCAGGAGGAAAAAAAAUCGUCCGCUACUAUUUCGGAUACGACCCUCUUAACCACAAGUACAAAGUGGUCUCCUCGAUUAGCGUACACCUAAAACAGAAUAUGGAAGUGAUCAGUUCAGAGAAUUGGGUAUUUGUACUAGAAGGUGGACUAUGUUUCUGGAAAAAGGCUGCUCUAACCUCACCGGACUUUUGUCCUCACGUGCCUUGCAAAAUGGAAGGACUGUGUAUCGAUGGGGUUAUAUACUACAUGGCUUUGCUUGGUCCGUUUGAAUAUGUGUUUGUUAGUUUCGACGUUAAAUCCGAAGAGUUCAACAUGAUCCAAAUACCUCGCAGGGACGGCGACGAGCUGCUUGAAAGGUUUCAGAAUGUGGGUCUUUUGGAGUAUGGUGGAAAACCAACUCUUUUUGACCAAACAAAUCUUAAAGACAAGGGUGUCGUGGCUUUAUGGUCUGUGGAAGAUGCCGGGAGCAAGAAAUGGUCGUGCAAGAGUCAGGUUGUGCAGCCUUCUCAACUGCAUCUGGUCAAUACCAUUACAUUCAAUGUGAAAGGUACAACUCAAAACGGCAAGAUUGAGAUCAGAGGUAUGUGUCGACGUGAUGUUUAUGGACCAGAGUGA